GUAGUGGUCGAACGCACCCUUGCAGCAGCAGGAGGAUAGACACGGAGGCGAGCGAGGGAGAGGGUCGGGAGGGGAGUGACGAGAGUCGACGACAUGCAGCAGGAAAUUUGGCGUGCGAAUAGAAGGAGCUGAGAAAGGGAGAGCGGGAGGUAGACAGCAGACAUCGCACGUCCUGGGCUGAAGAAAACGGAGAGGAAGAAGGCGCAAGAAGUUUCAUUUCGACAGACGGAGCGAGGGAGGGAUUAAAGGGAGCGAGUGAGUGAGCGGGCGAGGAGUGAGAGUGCGAGUUCUGCGUUUCGUUUUCGUGUUUAUUGGGAUUUGGGGGAGUGGAGGGAGGGGAAUCGAGCGGACGGCUGGUGGUGGAUUAGUUCUCUGUGUUGUAGACCCAAAGGUGUUGCUGAGGCAGGCAGGGCAGAGGAAGAGGAGGAGGAAGAGGAAGAGAGAGAAUGGGGGAGGGCGAGCAGAUCGGGAAGUGAAGUUCUUAGUGGAGGCCAAGAGCGAGCGAGGGUGGAUAAAAGAUAUAGGGAGGUGAGGACGCCGAUGCAGGAGACCCCAUGGAUUCCGCAGCAGCUGCCGCAGCCGCGGAGGGCAACAUAGCAGGUGUUCCAACGCACGGUGGGCAAUACACUCUCUACAACAUCUUCGGCAACUUGUUCGAGGUUUCUGCCAAAUACGUGCCUCCGAUUCGUCCCAUCGGUAGAGGGGCCUACGGCAUUGUCUGUUCUGCUGUCAACUCCGAGACAACCGAGGAAGUUGCAAUAAAAAAGAUCGGAAAUGCCUUCGACAAUAGAAUUGACGCCAAGCGUACUCUUCGUGAGAUCAAACUUCUUCGACACAUGGACCACGAAAAUGUAGUCGCCAUUAGAGACAUCAUUCGUCCUCCUACUAGAGAUGAAUUCAACGAUGUCUACAUCGUCUAUGAACUCAUGGAUACGGAUUUGCACCAGAUCAUCCGCUCCAAUCAACCUCUUACGGAAGAUCAUUGUCAGUACUUCCUGUACCAGUUGUUACGAGGUUUGAAGUAUAUUCACUCUGCCAACGUUCUCCAUCGUGACCUGAAACCGAGCAACUUGCUACUCAACGCGAAUUGUGAUUUGAAGAUCUGUGAUUUUGGGUUGGCAAGGACCACGUCGGAGACCGACUUCAUGACCGAGUAUGUCGUUACCCGAUGGUAUCGAGCUCCGGAACUGUUAUUGAAUUGUAACGAGUAUACUGCCGCCAUCGACGUGUGGUCUGUAGGAUGUAUAUUCAUGGAGUUGUUGAAUCGAGAACCUCUUUUUCCUGGAAGAGAUUACGUUCAGCAACUAAAACUGAUCACUGAGCUCAUAGGAUCCCCAGAGGACUCUGACCUCGGGUUUCUGAAAAGUGAGAAUGCCAAGCGCUACAUGCAACAGCUCAUGAGAUAUCCGAAGCAACCUUUGGGAAGAAAGUAUCCCAACAUGAAUCCUGCCGCCGUCGACCUUAUAGAGAGGAUGCUGGUCUUCGACCCCUACAAACGUAUCACAGUGGAGCAGGCAUUGAGUCAUCCUUAUCUGGCUAGCCUGCAUGAUAUCAACGACGAGCCGGCCUGCCACGCCCCUUUUGAGUUUGAUUUUGAGCAGCCCUCGUUUACUGAGGAACACAUUAAGGAGCUGAUUAUGAUGGAAGCUCUUGCGUUCAAUCCCCUACCAGACAUGAUGCAAUAGAAACCAGAUACGGGUCGGUGAUCUUUAGUUCUUCCAUCGCUCAGGCAGUUUGAGAAGGAUUUCCCUGUGGUGUUGCGAGUUGGAGAUUUCCUCAAUUGUGCAGAUCUCUUGUAAGUCAUUGUGGUUGUUUAAAAAAUUAAAACGGUGAUUGACAUUUGGAAUACCGAUGUAGAAAAUCUCCUGACACUCGUCAGUCAAAGAUAAUUUUUUAUGGCUCUGGCCGUGACAUUGCUUUGUGGUAUAUCUCAUACGGAAAUAGUACUCGUGUUCCACUACUUGCGUUCCCUGCCAGCCACUCAAAUCAGCCCAUUUAUCAGCAACCAUUCCCUGGCUCCUUCUCUUCCAAGUAGCUGCCCUUGUCCCCUGAUGUGAGUGUGUGAGAUUGUACUUCUAGAGCAGUGCCAACUCAAACCGUACGACGUAGUUUAAGAGUUUGGGAGAGUGAUGGGUGUGGAAUGGUACGCAUAAAGCACUGCCGGUCAUAACCGUUCUCAGGUUGCUACCAAGUAGAGUUGAACUCAGGAACACCCGUCUACUUGAGUGGUUCCAUCCAACUUAGAGAGAUCGUAUUCAUGUAGUAUCUUCUGCCAUAGCUUUUCAGUCAGAGAGACAGAGGGAGAGGGAUAGAGUCCUCCAUGAGGGACUGUAUGUGGAGUGGGUGUUUGACAAACACUAAUAUGAUGAUCUGCAGCUAGUGUGUACUUUAGUUUGUUGCCAACUGCUUUGGCUCUGUACUGAUUCUAAAUAAAAGUCUUGCCUUUUAUCGAGGGCGGGUGGGCAAAUCAAUUAC